GUCUGCAGAUUGACGACGAACACCGACGCCAGGACCAAGCUGGCUGCAGUGAAGGCACUUGAGCAGAUGGGAGAGCGAGGUGCCUGCUUUGAUGAAGAGGUCGAGAUGCUAAUGAGCGACAAUGACCCCGAAGUGGCGAUUGCUGCCAAGAAGGCCAUCCAGACCUUCUUCGACCUUAAGGCGGCAGCCCUUGAAAACCAGACAAAGAUGGCCAUCGCGGAGACGCCUGCGACUGCGAACCACAGUUCCCCUCCCCCCCCCGAGCCUUCGGCGCCCUCUUCCGGAUCCUCAACUGCAGCCCUCCUCUUUCCGGGGCAGGGCUCGCAGUAUGUGAAGAUGAUGUCGGAUGUGAAAGACAUGCCGGCCGUCAAGGACAUGCUGGCAACAGCUCAGAAGAUCCUCGGCUACGACCUUCUGAAGCUAUGCCUGGAGGGUCCAGAGGACCAGCUGGAGCAAACGAAGUUCUGCCAACCAGCCAUGUAUAUUGGGGGCCUAGCCGGCCUUGAGCUGCUUCGGAAAGAAAAUCCGGCAGCGGCAGAGACGCCACGCGCAGUCGCCGGGUUGUCCCUUGGAGAGUACACGGCGCUCACGGUCGCCGGGGUCUUUGACUUGGAGACAGGCCUUCGGCUGGUGAAGCUGCGAGGCGAGGCGAUGCAGGAGGCCGCCGAAGCCUCCCCGCAGAAGAUGAUCUCUUUGGCCGGACUCAAAAAGGAGGUGGUGGAGGGCCUAUGCGCUGAGUGCAGAUCGGGCGAUGAGGUGUGCCAGAUUGCCAACAUCCUCUUCCCCAACGGCUUCUCCUGCGCCGGAAGCAAGGCUGCCAUGGACAAGCUCUUGGAGAAAGCCAACAAGACAGAUGGUUGUCUGCAGGCAAAGGAGCUGAAGACCUCGGGCGCCUUUCACACCAAGUGCAUGAUGCCCGCUCGUGACAAGCUCCUGGCAGCCUUGAAAGAGGUCGAGCCUAAGAUGAAGCCCCCUACGUGCGACGUCUACGUGAACCUAACGGGAUCGAAGAUGCCAGCGGGCACUCCCGUUCCGAAAAUCGUCGAGUUGCUGGCAGACCAGCUCACGAACUGCGUGGAGUGGAUGCCCUGUAUGCAGGCAAUGAUUCAGGACGGCAUCGUUGACUUCUAUGAAUGUGGACCCAUGAAGCAGCUGAAGGCCAUGAUGAAGCGGAUUGACAUGACAGCUUGGAAGACUACGCAGAACAUCCAUGUUUGA